GGUUAGUGAUAAUUAAAUUACCUGUAAAGACCAGAUAUAAGGAUGAUUAAUUUACAUGUAAAGACCAGGGAUUAGUGGUGUGAUGUGAUUAAUUGAGUUUUAAAGAGUGGCUUUUUAGGUAGCCGCAUUUUCUUGAGACCCAAACAAGAGAUUUUGAUAUUUGUUGUUAAGACCAAAGGACAGAGCUUUUUCGUAAGGGACAUUUCAUUCACUCUCAUUGGCUUUCUCCUUGAGGGGGACCGCAAAUCCAACUUCACUUGUCUUUCUUUAUUUUUUUAUAUCCAUGCUAGUCUUACACAUUUGAAGUCUUGAGUAUUGGUUACAUAAAAUGUAGUGUCGUACUCAGGACUUAAAUUUGAUAGAUAUACUUAAACUUUACGUUCUUAUCUUGAAAAAUCUCAAACAUCUAAAAGCAUUAACUUUGGUUGCCAUCCAAAAUAAAAGUUUGGGAGUUUCAUAACUAGUACCAUAGUUUCACUAGAAUGAAAUUGUGUUUACUAAUAAUUGGGGAAGUUUUAUGAAACAUCGACCAGCAGUUGUUUGUUACCAAUAACAAUUGUGAAAGCUUUAUGUAACAUGUAUCAAUAUCUUUAUUACUUAAGUGUCUGUUAUAGCGAUGUCAAAAAAAAAAAGUGUCUGUUAUAGAACUCCGUGAACUAAAACUUAGAAGAUUAAAAAAAACUAGAGAGGAACAUAUAUCAAUUUUAAACCUCGUAUAUAUAUUCUUAACUACCAUAAUUAGUGUUUCCAAAUAUGUGAUGGUAAACUUUUAUUGGUGCACCGGGAUCUAGAUCAGUUGAAAAACAAUAGUUGUUAUUAUACUUAAGCUGAAGAUAAAACUAUACAGUAGUACUUUACGUUGAUCUUGGAAACUUUUUAGAACUUGAACUUGUGUGCGUUGAGUCGAAAUGAUCACAUGUGAAUCUCAUAAUAUAUCUUAGAUCAUCUAUAUGAAAAAAGUCUUAGUCGUAAUCGUUCUGGUGGACAUGAAUGAAUCAUUCAAUUUUUGGACUUUAGAUAACGACAUCAAGAUGUCAAAACCACCAAAGUUUUAUCUACAUCAUCACAUAUCUAGAGUUUGUGUGAACACGAAUCUUUUGGUUCUCAUUUUUCACCUAAUUUUGGUUAAAGAAGACGAAACCUUGAUGUAUACUACUAUUAUAUGUCGUACUAACAUAUUAUUAACAAAUAAUGUUGGAACUUGAAGUGGAAAGGUAAAGGCUAAAAAGAGGAGGUAGCCGCCAUAAAACUUUUCCACGCGAGCUAAUUAUUUACUAUUAUUAAGUCGACCAAAAGAGAAGAAUUACGUGGUCUUUUAGCAUAAAAGCAUAAGUGAUUGAUUAGUUAAGUCUCUUCUUCUCUUUCAAGAUCAAAAAAAAAAAAAACAAGAAGGCAGAGAUCAAAGAAGAUGCUCAAAUUCGACGAACCACAAUGCACAAACCCAUCUUGUUUCUUCUGCAGCAUGAAAGAGCCAAACCCUUUCCGUAGAAGAUCAAAACUCGCCGCUAUUUUCAAAGAGAUUCCUCGUACGGAGUCAAAAGACCAUGUCUUGGUCCUGAGCGGUCUGUGGAACAUAGCCAUGUCCGAGCCUGACGAUCCUGAGUUCCCAUCUCUCGGUUUGUUCGAGUGUAUGUCGGAACUCAUACAGAAAGCAAUCAAGAACACAGCUUGGCUUCUCAAAGACCAAAACAUUUUCAUUCCUUACUACGCAGCUCACAUCAUCGGAUCAUACGCUAUGAACAAGGAAGAUUUGGCUUCAUUAGCGGUUGAGUCAAAGGUCUCUGUGGUUCCUGCUUUGUUGGAGCUUUUGAGAGGGAGAAUCAGUUGGGUUGAGCAGAGAGCCGCGGCUCGAGCACUUGGUCAUUUAGCUAGCCAUGAGAAGAGCUUUGGAGCCGUUUCUGUGUUCGAAGAAGAGAUUGUGAAGCUUUCGAAGGAGAUAGCUAGGACUUGUUUGAAGAAUGUUUACAAAAGCUUUCUUGGGGUUGAAGAUAGCUUGAGGCUCAAGUAUCAGAGCGAUUUGUUGACUAGAGGGCUUGGUGGGUUAGAAACAGAGAAUCAAAAGGCAGAGGAAUGGGGGAUUCAGCUACAAUGCUGGUCUUUAGAUCUAUUGAAUUGCUUCGCCUCGCGAGGUAGGUCUCUUGAUAGAAUCUGCGAGGUAGGUUUCUUGAAGAAAGUGAGUGUAAUGUGGGGCGGUUUAGUAAACCGGAAGUCACCAGGAGGCAUUGGAUUGAUAAAGACUCUGUGCAAAACAGAGUUUGGAAGAAGCAGAGUAAGUGAGGUUAGAGAAGUGAUUGAGAGACUUUGCGAUCUUUCGAGAUCCUCUGAUGAUUGGAAAGAGAUGGCUUUAGAUACCCUUUUGCUGCUUCUUAAAGACUCCAACGUUAGGUAUCGAGUUAUCGAUGUUUUAGGGCAUUGUUUAGUGGAUUUAGCAGAAGAUGUAGUUGCUGGAGACAGAGUAGCUCAAGUAGUUUUACAAGACUAUCACAAGAUUAAGUAUAGCGGCUUGAAGAUGAGUAGCGAGGAAGCUCAGAGAAGUAUAGAGAGUCUUUGGGAGGUUAAAGUAGAGAGGAAGAAGAAGGAGAAGCUUAUGAGUGAAGCAGAGCUUGAAGAGAGAAGAAAGAUGGUGAAGUCGUUGAAGAAACAGGGGAAGAAGAAGUUUUUAAUGGGUUUUGUUGAAGAGGCGAUGGAGAUUUAUACAGUAGGGAUCGAUUUGUGUCCGUUGGAUAUGAUAAGAGAUAGGGUUGUGUUGUAUAGCAACAGAGCUCAGUGUUGCUUGUUGCUGAAGAAAGCUGAGUCCGCCAUUAGUGAUGCUACGAGAGCUUUGUGUUUAUCUGGUGUGGAUGAUCCUCAUGGUAAGAGUUUGUGGAGGAGAUCUCAAGCGUACGAUUUGAAAGGGUCGGCGAGAGAGAGCUUGAUGGAUUGUUUGGCGUUCGUAGAUCAACGGAUCCAGCACUCGAGUACGGAGAGAGUACCGUACUACGCGGCACAGAUGAUUAGAAAGCAGAUGAAAGACACGUGGGCUUUCUCAGGGUUUGACUCAAAGACCGGAGAAUCGGACGGUUGGAAGAGGAAGGAAGGAAAAUAGUAACCAGAGCAUAACUACACGAUGCCGUUUUGCCGCACAGACAAAUUUUUUUGGUUUUGAAGUAACCUGUGUUACAGAAAUGAUAAAUCUGCUAUAAACUUUUAACUUUUAAGUAAUAAGAAACCCUUGGCAUAUGUUUGAAAAUUUUGAAACUUCUUAGUUCUUACAUAUAUCUGAAAUCCGUUAUAUGAUAUUUUUACAGGAAUUAGUCAAAACCCAAAAUUUUGUGUAUGACAAAUUUUUUAAGGGUAAUUAAACUUCUUAUCGUCUAUAUUUUGAAUCUAAUUGGCAUAGAAAGAUUGAGAUGACUUCAGGGUGAAAGGGAGAUCAAAACUAAUCAGGCGUGAUUGUAAGAGUAAACUAAUUUUAGUGAGUUGGAGACAAACAAAAUGGAAGAUUCGUACCACUGCGACUUGUUCUAAAAGAGCAUUUGGCAUACGAUCCAUAUGCACGAUGUAGGUGCUUCUUCUAGCAGAAAUAUAAGAGAAAUACAUACACAGUAUGUAGGAAAAUAUAUUGACUGCGAAGAAUAAGAGAGAAUGGAAAAAGAGAGUGAUGAGUUUAGAUAGCCUAAUUUUAAAUACAAUUUAAUAUAUUUAUAUUUAAUUUAGCUAAUUUUAAACAUGAUAACAUAUGUUCUUAGAUAUAAUUAUAUAACCUUUUAUAUAUAAUUUUAAACGGUAUCUUUUUGAUUCGUCGAACAUUUAGAUUAUGGUGUGUUUGGUACGAAAAAAAUCUCUAAAUGCAGUAAUUAUGUGUUUGUUAUGGGUUUGAUAGCUAAAUGUAAUAAUUUAGUAAUGCAAAAUUAUACAAAAUCUGUCAAUAAUGAGUAAAAAGUAAUCAAUCAUGUUUCAACUUUACACAGACAAAAAAAAACUUAGGCGGUCAACGCGGGAAUUAGACGAUCUUACGCGGAUCAACACAGAUCAACGCGGGUCAACAUCUUGCUACACCAAUUUGGGCAUAUUCGCCGCGGUCAACCUCUGAACAGUGUCUAAGCGGCCGUUUAGGCGGCCGCAUUUUCGAACAGGGAAAUAAACUAGGUUAAGAUCCGCGCCUUGCUUGAGAUAAAUAUUAUUUUACGUAUUAUAUGUUCUUUAUAUAUUAUAAAAUAAUAUAUAUUGGAUAAUUAAAAAGUUAGUAAUUAUUAUAUAUAUAAUUAAAUUAGUGUGAAUACAUAAAUAAAUUUUAUUAAUCCAAACAUCACUUUUUCUAUUUUAUAUUGUAUAUAAUUAAGUUUACAUAAUAUAUACAUAGAUAUAUAGUAUAUUUUUAAUAUUGAUAUAUGUUAAAUGAUGCAUUCUACUCAUUUGGUUUUUGAUGAUUUGUAUAUUUUUAUAUAAAAAAAUAAAAUCACUAAUAACAAAAUUUUCAUUGUGUGAUGUUUAAAAGUUUUAGUAAUUUAUAAUGUUUAUAAAAAUUCAAUGCAAGUUUCAAAUUUAAAUAUUAAGUUUCAAUUUUUGUUCAGAGAUUUUAUCAAAAAAAAUUUGUUCAAAGCAAAUUUGAAAACUAAAAUAUUUAUAUAUUUUAUUUGGUACACAGUUUAGUUUAAAAGAUAUUAAUAUAUAUGAGACUUCCUACUUACAUGAUUUUUUAGUAAUUUGUAUUAGGCCUGAGCGUUCCUUGGACCGUUCGGUUUCGGUUCGGGUGAUUCGGAUUUUCGGAUUUUCGGUGUUAUGCUCAUAAGUACCAUUCGGGUUUUACUAAUUAUCAGAUCGGGUUCGGUUCGGUUCCUUCCGGGUUCGGUUCGGAUCGGAUGUAACCAAUGUUUAAAAUCGUCCAAAAAUCUAUUUUUUAAACCUCAAAAAUUGACAAUUUUUUUCUUCAAAAUAUAUAAAUUGUUUAUAAAUCUAAUUAAAAGUUAAUAAAACUAUCUAAAUUAACUAAAAAGUAUUCAAAAUAACAGUUAAAAUAAACUAAAAAAAUAUUUUGAAUACUCUAAAAUAUCUAAAUCAUCUUAAAAUAAUAAAAAAUAUUAACAUAUUUAACUAAUUUCGGAUAUCUUCGGAUCCUAAUUCGGAUUUCGGUUCAGUUCGGAUUAUAACCAAACACCAAAGUACUAAGCUCAUAAGUCCCAUUCAGAUAUUUUUGUAUAACAGUUCGGACUCGGUUUCAGUUUUUCCGGUUCGGGUUUAGGUAGGUACUUCGGAUUGAGGUAAAAACGCCCAGGCCUAAUUUGUACCCUGUCAUAAAAAAAACUAAAUCAUGGAUCAUAUAAAUUUCAAUGUGAGCCUUUUAAAAAUUUAAAAUAUAACAUAUAUGAAAAGUUCUAAAUUUUUAUUAUAUGGUUACUGUGUGUUGUUUAAUUUGUUUUAGUAACUUAAAGUUAAACAAAAAUGAUAGAGAAUACAUGAAUUUCUAUCAAAUUUUUAUCAUUCAAAAUCAUUAAUUUUCAUAUAUAAUUUAGCCACAUUAGCCAAUUCUGUAAUUUUUAUUUAAGAAAAGAAUUGAGAAUAUUAAUAAUUAAUUUAUGGUCAGUUUAAUAGAAAAACUUAUUAUAUAUUUAGAUGAACUAAUCUAUUUCUCUAAAUAUUUUAAGAAUCAUUGUGGUGAUUGAACAUGACUACUAGCAAAUACAGUAUUGUAAUGUUUCUAUUUUAAUAUAUCACGGAUACACCUUAGUUAGAUUCGAGUUCACUCAAAAUUAAAAUCAGUAUAUACAUCCUACUAGCAAAUACAGUAGUUAUAAAUGGUUACAAGUAUUUAACCAUAUGUUAAUUAUGAGAUAAAUGAGUGGAUAUGCAUGACCACUACUGAGAGUUUAAAAACAAAUU